CGCGCUCGCAGCGUCUUUGACUCGGAUCGUAUAAAAAUCCAUGGCCGUGACGUCACCGCCAGCUAAUGUAACACACACGGAUUAAAGAUGGCGCCCUCUCAUGCGCUGAGGUGCUGCAAGCGGACUGUGAACUGGAUACCUGUCGUGUUUAUAAACCUGGUCGUCGGCUGGUCGUACUACGCGUAUGUUGUGGAGCUAUGCGUCUAUACAAUAACAAAUAAUGCAGAACGAGUCUGCUAUUUGAUCCUCUUUCACAUUUCCUUCGCCAUGUUUAUAUGGUCCUACUGGAAAACGAUCGGGUCAAAACCAGCCGGACCCUCAAAAGUAUUCAGUCUCCCCAGAGCAGAGAAGGAACUGUACGAGCAAGAGGAGCGAGCCGAGACGCAACAAGAGAUUCUUCAGAAAGUGGCGAAGAAUUUACCCGUCUAUACGUUCAAGGCAGGAAAAGCUGUCCGAUACUGCGACCACUGCCAGAUUAUCAAACCUGACCGCUGCCACCACUGCUCCACCUGUGAGAAGUGUGUGCUGAAAAUGGACCAUCACUGCCCCUGGGUGAAUAACUGUGUCGGAUUCUCAAACUACAAGUACUUUGUGCUGUUCUUGACCUACGCCUCGCUCUACUGCGUCGUCAUUUGUUCCACAAUCAUCCAGUAUUUCAUCAAAUUCUGGACAAAACAGCUGCCCGACACGCCGUCCAAAUUCCACAUCUUGUUCCUGUUUUUCGUGGCCGCCCUGUUCUUCAUCAGCAUCCUGUCACUCCUCAGCUACCACAUGUGGCUCGUGGCAAAUAACAGGACCACUAUAGAAGCUUUCCGGGCUCCCUUCUUCACAAGCGGUCAAGACAAGAACGGCUUUUCUCUGGGCUUCAGCCGGAAUGCAGCCGAGGUGUUUGGAGACCAGGCGAAGUACUGGAUGGUUCCUGUGUACUCGAGUCAAGGAGAUGGACAAUCCUUUGGCACCAGAUUGGUGCACAUGGAUCUGAAACAAGCAAACAGUAUCCUCCAGCAAAAUGGCAAAAGCGCUGCCGAUGGGAAGGCCGGCGCCUGUGCGCUCGGGAACAACACUCAAUACGCGGCAGACGACAGCCGAGAGAACACCGACGGAGGCCGGACCGUGUCGGUGACGAUGGAGCGUGAGCCGUAGCAGGCAUGUGACCGCCAUGUGACCGCCAUGUGACCGCCAUGUGUAGAGUUGUGCCGCUCGGUCCUCCCGUUGUUUAUUUGUCCUUCCGGCUGUCGCUGCAGGUCGCACGGGGACACCGGUAGACCACGACGCCUUAAACCCGGGAGCUUCGCCACCUCCACAGGAGACGUCCCUCCACCCUCGCUUUGAGUCUGACGAGUGCGGCCCAGAGACACGUCGUUUUCCUGUGUACUUCAAACGGACCCGUCCUUCAUUCGGCUUUAAAAAAACGGCGCCACAACGCGAUUGUUGUCCCGGCAACAAGCUGCACGGCGGCCUCGCAGACCGCGCCAGGUCUGAGGGGGAUUCACAGUUUUCUGCCACAGACAUUCGAAUAAUGUUUUGUCAUUAUUGCAUCUGAAAAAUACUCUGGCGCUGCUUUUUCUUUCCUCAUAUCAUGAGCAUGUCAAUGCAUUGUGUGUGUUUUAUAAACAUGAUUAAUCACAUUAUACAUUCCCACUAGACAAACAGCCGGUUGUCAGUAUUAAUGCAGCAUUAAUAACUAAAUGAGAGCGGCGGGAACCACUAAAGUGAGAUGUGUAUUACAGUAUUAGUUUUAACCUCCAAGCACCGUGCCAUUAUUAAGAGCAACAGUCAGUUAUCAAAUGGUAUAAUAUAGUUAGUUUACAUAUAUUUAAAAGCUUUGUGUUAACAAUUUAAAGAGAUUAUUAUUUUUAUUAUCAUUAUUUUUUACAUUUCAAUAUUUUUACUGUGGUUAAAUAAUAAAAUGUAACGUUCUGUUAACCUUCAUUAAAAAUGUUUUUUAUUGCAUUUCAAACUUAUUUAAAACACAUGAGUCAAUGCUGUUUUCAUUGCACUAUACAAUUUGUAAUUUAUUUAUUUUUCAAGCUUUUAUAAAUUAAAUGUCUUAGAGUGUGUUGUUUUUAUUGUAAUGAGUUAUUUAAAAACAUAUAUUUAGUUAGUUGUUUUAAUGUGUAUUGUGCUCUUCCACAGAUUGGAUUCUAACUUAAUCAAUCUUGUGUUUUAAUGCAAAUAAUUAAUUCUGACUAAACUAAAUAGAUUAAUUUGAAGGUUGAAAAGUUUAAAAUGACACCCCAAUAAAACUCAAGGAUGUUUGAUCCUGAGUCCUUGAGCCUGUAAAGCACAGAUACGGUGCUCUAUAGACGGCUCAUGCUUUAUUGGGUUAAGUUCAGUGACCUGUAGACAACAAUAAUAAUGUGUAGAAGUUACACAUGAAGUUUAAUUACUAACUGAACUCACGCAGCUGUAGGCCCGUAAAGAGCAUUUCUUUUUCAUUGAGACAAAACCGUCAUUGUUCUAUAUAACAAUAAAUAUUUAAGAAACUAUAAA